AUGGCGUGGGCUGCUCCGUGGGCGCUGGCGUCUACUCGCUCGUGGGCCGGCGUCGCCUGCAUCUUCACGUCGCUCACGUACUCGGAGUUCGCAGCUCGCGUGCCUGUCACGGGCUCGGCCUACACGUUCGUGUACAUCACUUUCGGUGAAUUGGCGGCGUGGCUCAUCGGCUGGAAUCUGACGCUGGGCUACGGAAUCUCGGCAGCUGGAAUCGCGCGUAGUUGGGCGUCGUAUGCGCACUUGUUCUUGCAACACGUGGGUCUUCAUCUUCCGCGUUGGCUCGUGCAAGCAGAGUUUCUUGGCAUGUCGUGUAGCAUCCUGGCAGCGUUUCUCAUCAUUUGCUGCACCUUCAUCCUCCUCGCUGGCGUUCACGAAUCUGCCAGAUUUAAUGCUUUCGUGACGCUGCUGAACAUUUCGGUGCUACUGUUCGUGGUUGUAUUUGGAAGCACUGAGGUGGAUACGACGUACUGGGAGCCGUUUAUGCCUGCCGGAGUUCACGGUAUCAUGACAGGCGCUGGUGUGGUCUUUUUCUCGUACCUGGGCUUUGACAUGGUGGCGUGCCUUGCCGAGGAGGUGCACGAGCCCCAGCGCACGCUGCCAAAGGGUAUCAUCGGCUCGCUGUUGAUCUCGAUGACCAUCUACGUGAGCGUCUCGCUCGUCGUGACUGGCAUGGCACCCGUCGAUGUUCUCGGUAACGAGGUUCCGCUUGUGAAUGCGUUCACGUUCCAUGGCGUACCGUGGGCUGGACGCAUCGUGUCGUUCGGCUCCAUCUUCGGGCUCACCACUGCCGCCUUCACCUGCUUGAUGGGUCAGCCGCGCAUUUUCUACCAAAUGGCUAAGGAUGGUUUACUGCCGUCAAUAUUCGCCAAGCUGCACCACCGGACCCACGUACCCGUGGCCAGCACUAUUUUCACGGGCAUCCUGGUUGCGUCCAUUGCGUUGGUGUUUGAACUUGAUUUCCUGGCCAAUGUAAUAUCGUGUGGGACGUUGCAAGUUUUCACCUUUGUGAACGCUGGUGUUCUUCUCCUGCGCAUGCGUCCAAGUCUCGGUGGCGCUGGUGUUGUCCACCGCGUCCUUCUGUACGUGGCGUCGUGUUUUGCUCUGUCGCUGUCCUUCGUCUUUGAUCUCCCGUGGACGAUUCAAGGCGUGUUCGUCGUGAUGGUGAUUGCUUCGUUCGUGUACAUCUACCGACUCGGAAAACUCAGUGAUCUGACAACCUCAUUCCAGUGCCCGUUGGUGCCGCUGGUGCCAUGUGCGGGUAUCCUAGCCAAUGUAUACAUGGUGGCAAGCAUCCCUGGAGAGGGCUGGAUCGGUGUGCUUAUCUGGCUGGGUGCAGGGGUCGUCUUCCUGUCGGGGUCGACGCCCUCAGCAGUGGAGUGUCUUCUGCCUUUCCAGCUACCCCGGCCCGAUACUUUUCGUCGAUGGGAGCAACGUCUGCCGCCUUCAAGUACUUCUGAACCGUCGACGAUAGCAGGACCUACGGUCUCCGUGAGUGACUUCAUUCACGGGUGCCAGCUCUGGUUCACCGAGACAUUCCUCAUUGAGCACGUACGAGAUCUCAAAACCUGGCAGAAACAGCAGAAAGCAAUGAAAGCAGGCAAAAGGAAGGGCCGAAAGUUAUCGCCACUAUAUUACGACGAGCAACAGUCACCCGCACAAGCCACCCAGCCACCAUUUGAUCGACUUGCCCACGAAAGCGCUGCUACAAGCUCAUUUUCGUAUGAAUCUUACGCUCGCCAGCCACCCCCAAGAGCUGCUUCCCUGAACUCUUCUGCUUCUGCCCCAGCACUCUUGCAUGCGAAGUAUUGUUCACACAGCAAACCUGACCCCGCUACUCUCGCCGCUGUAACUAAGCUCAAAAAUGCCAAGCUCCAGCAACACCGUAAGAAAAAGGAAGCCGAGGCGCGAGUUCGACAAGCCCGACAGCAAAGCACUGAGAUAGCGCGUGCGUUCACUGCGAGUGUUGCAAUGAUCUCACGACACGUGCACAACGAAGAAGUUCGUGGUCACCGCGACAAUGAGCUUGACAUGCAAAUAGCUCGCACCGAUCAGAUUCGCCACUGGAACCAACUCCACAAAGCACAUUGUCGGGCUGUUGAUCAAGACGCACGAGCACAGAGGGCUCGCGAAGUAUGUGCCAUGAAGGCUCUAGCAGAAGAAGAACUUCUCUUAACCCGCGACUUCCGAGCGCUUCGAGAGGAGGUGGUGCGCCGCAACAAGCCACUUUUCGCAAUGUCAUCCUCCACGAGCACGAUAUUCCCGGCUCCUCCCGAAAUUCUGGCAGCGCGCGCCACGGCCAGCACCCAGGCAGACCACCGACGCCUUGCUCGUGUCGAACGGGAGCAUGCUGAGCAUAUGCGUAGUCUACAGCUCCUCGACUAUGUGUACGACCGGAAGAGGAUGAUGGCCGAUGCGCUGCAGCCUCGUGCUGACUCCGCUCUAGUUGAAGUGGACGUCCCAGAUGAAGAGCUCCCGGCAGACCGUGUGGUACAACUAGCAGGUGACGAGCUCUGGCAGCAGAUCGUCCGGCUACAUGAACAAGGAGACUCCGACAGUCUUGCUUUGCUGGUUCCUCCUACCAACUCGCCACCGGCAGCUCUGCGUUACUUCGCCACCAGUCGACCAAUAUCGCUACCAGCCUUCGCUUCAACUGUCGACCGCAAUCUUCAAUAA